AUGGCGAUCUUCAGCUCCAACGCGCCCAUCGAGGGCGAGGUCACGGUCUCCAACCAGGAGGUGACCGAGAAGACCACCGUCACGGUGGUGGACGGCAAAGAUGAGGUCCAAGUGACGGACGGGGAGAUCAGCAACGAUGACGGCCAGGGAGACGAGAUCAUCGUCACUGGGCAGGACGCUGCUCGCUACCUGCUGCCUCUCCGGGAUGACUUCGACCGGUCAUUGACCUUCCGGAGUAUCGUGCUGGCCUCGGGUCUGGCCUGCUUCCAGGCCGUCAUGAACCAGAUCUACAACUUCAAACCGACGGCGGUCACCAUCCAAGGGACCUUCAUCGUGCUGAUUGCCUACUUCGUCGGCAACGCCUGGGCCAACUUCCUCCCCCGCGGCGACAAGUUCGAGGCCCGGUGGCGGGCGGACGGCGGGCAGGGCGAGCUGCCAUUGAAGAUCAAGAUCCUCAAGUUCCUGAACCCGGGGCCCUGGACGCUGAAGGAGCACUCGAUCUGCGCCAUCACGGCCACGUCCGCGUCCAACGCCUCCGACUCGUCGGUCGUCUUCGCGGCCCAGAACCUCUUCUACAACAUGCCCCUCAGCGCCGUCACGGUCGUCUGCAGCACGAUCUCGAUCGGCCUGUUCGGCUACGGGCUGUGCGGCAUCAUGCGGCCCAUCGCCGUGUGGCACGUCGAGGCGGUUUACUGGAGCACCCUGCCGACGAUCAAGACCCUGCAGGGUCUGCACUGGCAGCAGGUCAAGAACUCCAAGCCGCUGCGAUACUUCUGGUAUGCCUUCACCGGCAUGUCGCUGUAUGAGAUCAUCCCGGCCUAUGUGUUCCCAUGGCUGAACUCGGUCUCCAUCCCGUGUCUGGCGGCCCAAAAGGCAACGGGGAGCACGGCUGAUGUUCUCACCAACGUCUUCGGUGGAGCCUCGAACAACGAGGGCAUGGGGCUGUUCUCCCUGAGUUUUGACUGGCAAUAUAUCACCUCCUUCCAAACCUCCCUCCCCCUGAACCUGCAGGUUCAUCAGGGUCUCGGAUUCGUGGCAUGUUUCAUCGCGAUGGCGGGAAUCUACUACGGCAACGGCUGGAACUCGCGAUCACUGCCCUUCAUGUCGACGGAUCUGCUGAUGGCCAACGGCACGACAUACCCGGUCACCGAUGUGUUCCCUGGCGGAGUGCUCGACAAGGCGGCGCUGGCCGAGUACGGGCUACCCAAGCUGACCGGCACAUUCGCGUUCUCGAUGUUCAUGGCCAAUGCUGCCAUCGGCGCCCUGAUCAUGCACUGCAUCCUCUUCUGGGGCAGCGACAUCAAGCGGGCGUACAAGAGCGCCAAGGAGGGCAGAUACGACGAUCGCCACCACGAGCACAUGGCCAAGCACUACAGGGAGACGCCGUGGUGGUGGUACGUGGCCGUGCUGGUGAUCAGCUUCGUGCUUGGGCUGGUGGUGGUGCUGAAGGAGGACAUCUCCCUGCCUGUCUGGGCGUACAUCGUGUCGUUGGUGGUGGGGAUCAUCGUCGCGCCGUUCAGCACAAUCCUCUACUCCCGCUACGGCAACGGGAUCGCAACCAACAACCUGUCCAAGAUGCUCGCGGGUCUCAUGAUCCCCGGACGACCCGUCGGAAACAUGUACUUCGCCGCGUGGUCGCACAACGUCAUCUCCAACGCCGUGAGCCUGUCCAACGACCUGAAGAUGGGCGAAUACCUCAAAAUCCCGCCCCGAGUCAUGUUCCUCACCCAAAUCUACGGCACCAUCCUGGGCGGCUUCAUCAACUACGCGGUGAUGAUCUCGAUCGUGUCGGCCAACAAGGCGCUUCUCGUCAACGGCAACGGCAACUCGUCGUGGAGUGGCGCGACGAUGCAGUCGUAUAAUACUAUUGCGACGUCGUGGGCGCUGGCGGCAGACCUAUAUAAGGUCGGGAUGCAGUACGCGAUGGUGCCGAUAGGGCUGCUGAUUGGGGCUGCGGCGGUCGUGGUGCAUCGGAUUUUUUAUCAGUUCUACCCCAAAAUCAAAGGCUUCGACGUCUCCGAAGUAAACAUGCCCCAAUUCAUCCAAUACGCCGGCUACAUCCCCUACAACCAAUCGCAAACGUGCGUGAUCUUCAGCUGGGUGAUCGCGGGCUUCUUCGUGCAGUACUAUCUCCGGAACUGGCACCCGAAGCUGUUCAAGGACUCGUACCUGAUCACGGGCGCCUUGGACGGGGCGAGUCUGACGGUCGUGUUCAUUCUGUCGUUUGCGGUGUUUGGGGCGGCCGGGGCGGCGCAUAAUAUGCCGUCGUGGUGGGGGAAUAAUGAGAAUGGGAAUUACGAUUGGUGUCCGGUAACGGAUUAG